GAAAUUCUGAAGACCACUGUACUUUGCGCAAAACCCAUAGUACUAAUACUAUGGUUCGAGCUUCACUAACUUCUCGACCUCUAGAUUUCUUAUACUUCUGUUUCUUCCUGAUACAUAUACCUGCUUCACUCUUGCUCGACUUUCAGAUCCUGUACCCGUCAGCCUAUUUACCUACCUUCUUGCUGGCCCUGCGCCAGUGGUAUAUCAACUUUUCGGCAGACCCAUUGAUUUCUGCUGCUGCUCGAGGGGAUAUAAACGGCGAACUGGUUUGGUUUGGGUGUUUCGCAUGGCUCGAAUUGCUAUUCCAAUUUCCUACAUUUUUUCUUGGAAUGCGAGGUUUAUGGAAUGGUUCACAUUCAAUAUACGUGUUGAUAUUGGCGUACGGCGCGUCAACGGCUACUACUACGCUCCCGUGCAUAUUCUACAUCCUCAAAGAGCACUCACGGAUGACCGCAGUUCAGCAAAUCAUCCUCCUUUCGAGCUACAUCCCGUUUUUUAUUCUACCGUUGAUGAUGGCUGUCGACAUGGGAUCCAGAGUUUAUAAGAUAAUCAGGUCUACGGAAGUGAAGCAAAAGAAAGCAUGAAGCAUAUUGCUAUGAGCAGGGAACUAUGAUUUGAACUUGGGAACGCAGAAGGCAUUCUCUAUCUGAAAAACCUAGAUAUUCAGGCGUCCAAAUUUCGCGGACAAUCGGGGUCAGUUAGUCUAUGCUCCGCUCCUCUAUCUGUAAACGAGCAUUUCUGGCAGUCGAGUCCACAUACAAAUCAUGAUUACUUUACUCUGACCUCCUCAUUGAGUGCAGGAUUCCUAGUUUCACGCAUAAAUGGAACAGCGCUUUUUUCGGUCAUUUGAAACCCUUAGGUGUC